UAAUAGGGCAUUAUAUAUUUUAUGAUGAACUAAAAGUUAUUUUUUUGCAUCAACUCAAAAAAAGUAGUUUUGAUUUGUGUCUACCACUGUACUAACACCGAAAAUAGAAUGCGUCGACUAUCUACAUAUUAACGAUAACAUAGCUCAGGCGAACAAUUCGUCGUAUUCAGUCUUUAUAGAGUGGUCUUAGUGCUAACACGUUUUUUGUUACAAAAUAUAAUGUAAAUCUUGUUUGGUAAACAAGUUAGAUCCGGUUUCCUGUUCCUGAAGAUGGAUUUAGCGAAGGACUAUAAUUUUUACGUCGUUGAAUUUUUGGAUCCUCCAAGCAAGGAACUCGACCGAUAUGUCUGUAUUCCAGAUUCUUGGAUAGUAAUGCGCGAUGCAGCUGAUCAAAUAGUUAUCACCAAAUAUCCAGUUGAAAAACCAUCAAAAACUAAAAAACGUGUUAAGAAGAGCGAACCUUGUUCAGAUGAGUGGUCUAUUUACGUUGCCGAUGUUAAAUAUGGCACUGAUUGCCACGAUGACGCAUAUAAAUACAUUAAAGUUCUCAAAAAAAGUUUAAUUAAGGAAGGAAGCUCUUCAGAACAGGCCAAAGAUGAUAAACUGCCCACAACAAAAAAUCUACCAAAAAAACAAAACCAUACUCCUCCUUCAAAUACAAGAAUAGAGAAACAGAAGACUAAAGCAUCUGAGGCUCCAGUAAAUUGUGAUACACAGUCCGUCUUAGAAGAACCACCGUCGCGUCAACCCAUAAUAUUCACUUAUAAGAAACAAACAAAUGAAAUCGAGACUGCUCCGGCUCCUGAUCAAAUUGCAAAGCAGAUGCGCAGCUCAUCUGAAACAGUGAAUGAUAAACAACUCCCGUUAACUUUGGAAAAUCCUAUUAAUCGAAAUUCAGUUAUACAAAAAAAUUACAGUGGAACUGUACAAAACAUUGAUCGUUCUAAAAAUAAAGGCUCUAGAGAAAUAACAAUAAAUGAAUCAUAUGAAAUUCACAAUACGCCAGAAAAAACAGGAAAAUCAUUUGAAAAUCAAUCAACCAUCGUAGUCGAAAAACCCACUUCUGGUAGUGACAACUCAAGUCCCAUAGAAAAUAACCGUGUCACUUUUGAAGUAGACAUUGAGAUUUUAAGAGAACUACACGCAGCUCUUAUUGAAAACUGUAAGUCAUUGGAUAAAAUUGUUAAUUCUUUAAGCAAUUUCAAUCCUUUAGCAAUAAAUAAUAAUCUCCGGGAUACUUCAUCAAUAGAUCCGAUAGCUCCGGUCGAACAGGAGAAAAGACCUAGAGAAGAAAAAGAAAGACAAGUGGAAAAAAGAAAACAACCCCAAAUAACAGCGGCGAAAAGAAAAAAAUUCGUAAUAGAUAUAGAUGAUGAUGAUGAAGAGGAAGAUAAUUACGAAAGCUAUGCAAGAAGGAAAACUCCAACUCGAAAAUUUAGCUUACCACCCGAAUAUGAUGAAAACAACUCAAAAUGGACAUUGAAACAUCAUGAACGUGCGCCAGGGCUUGUUGAACUUAUCGAACACACAGGUAUAUAUAUCAAUGCUGUUAAGCUCAUCAAUUGUAAGAGGUUAGCUAAGGAUGCUAAAUCACUGGCACGAUUGUUGUUAGUGGAAAUUUUUACAGAGAGUGCUUUGAGUACGUGCUCACUGACUGGUGCUCGAGCUAAGGCAUUUGAUACCGAUGGGACUAAUAUCCGGCCUGGAUUAGAUGAAGACGCAAGAACUGUUUUAUUGACAUACGUUGAUGAAUAUGCGCAAGACAAAAAAUGGCCAAAUACAGACACGACGGUCAUUUUGAACAGCAUUCGUAAUAAAAUGCAAGAAAUGAGAUUUAAACAUCGCCGAAUAGAUUUAUCAAAUAUUUUAUCAUUAUAGAAGUUUACGUGUAUUAGUGUUAAGUUUUUCGUUUAUUUUGAUAAGUUUAUGUAGAUUUAAGAUUAUUGUAAUUUGAAUAGAUAAUUAAGUUUGGACUGCUUGUUAUAUUAUACACAAUAAAUAUGUACCAUGACAAAA